GGAAACGGCCAUGAUUCAGAAUUGCCCUAUAUCUGCCCGGCGACUAGCAUACGGUACAAGGUGUCAUUUACUCUUGAGCAACAGGCGACUGCGAAGUCAGAGGAACAUAGGUCUCAGCAUAUAGACAUUUAUUAUUACUUUUAG